AUGGUAGUAGUGCUAAUAGUGUGUAGACUGGUGUUGAAUUUUCUUGUAAAAUAUUUGGUUUUCAUCGACUUUGUAUUGUUUUCAGAUUCACUAUCAAAGCACGAAGGCACAUUCUUCAAAAGCUCUAUCUUGUAUAUUGAAGAGACACGGGAUCUAGAAGAAAUUGCUAGCUUUUUAUCUCAAUUUAGAUCUUCGAACUUCGUCGUUGUAUACACCAGAAAUGUUCCUAAUAUCCGCAAGGCAGUAAAAGAAAUUUUCGAAACUAUGCUGAAAAAUAGUCUGAUGCAUACGUUGGUACUGACGGCUGAUCCGAAAAAUCAUUCAAACUUCAAUACUUUCUCUUGGAAAUUCAAGAAAAAUCACUAUUGCAACAUCAGCUCGGUAAAAAUUUCAAAAAUCAACAGCUGCAGUUUCGGUCGCCUCGAACGGAAAUUGGUUGGAAGGAAGAGAGGUCACCUCAACAAUUGCAAACUCAAAGUAGGCUAUGUUAGUCUUCCACCGCUUACAAUACACAAAGAAGAAGGACCAGAAGGGAUAGAAACUGAACUGAUCAAAUUAAUCGCAUUGAAGAUGGAUUUUGAAUUAGAAUUUCAUCACUACGAAGAGCCUCAUGGCGUUAUAACAAAAAGCGGGAAAUAUAGUCGGUUGGAAGAUAUAUUCAAAUAUGAUUUGGACACAUAUUAUAGUGUAACACAAUGGUUGGUAAUACAAGACAAAGGUAACGUUCUCAACGUCCCCACUGAGUUAAUCAUAGCAAAAUGGAACGUAUUGAAAAACCUUACAGAAGGGUUACUGAAAGUCGUCGAUCAUCAUGUAGCGUUCUGUGUGCCAGAAUUUCAGAAGGAUUAUUUUACGAAAAGUCUCCCAGAGUUGAGGGAAAUCAAAGGAAAGAUAACGUGUCUAAAAAAUGGUCUUACAGAUUUCAACAUAAACAUGCUCUUUAGGGACAGAUUGUUGCUAGGUGAUUUUGAUUUUCAUUUACAAAGACUUGUCGAGAAUGGAUUCACCUUAAGCUGGAUAGAAAGUUAUAUGAAUGAUUACAGUAGCAAAAUAGUGGAUAUUGACCAAGCAUUGAGCAAUGUCAAAAUACGGUUUGAACAUCUGAUGUCAGUACUCCUCAUGUUAGUUGUUGGCAACGUGCUGGCUAUUGGAGUUUUCGGAUUGGAAGUUUUUUGGGGUUCGAAUAGGAAUAGUAGACAGACGGCUGGAUGCAGACAUUUGGAAAUCAAACAGCAAAGACAGGCUUAA